GAGCCGUUUGAGCCAAAGCUGGUGACUGACGUAUUCCUGUGGGCGGAGUUUAGUCAACGAACUGUUUUACUGACGUCAUUAAAGCAGGAAAUAGAGGGCUGUAGUCCAAACCAGCCGUUUGUUGUAGGCUUUUAAAGAGGAAUUCUUUUGAAGAAAAUAUAUCGCCUGGCAGUGAACUUUGAGCUUUAUCAUUUUACAGGUGGGUUUUUGUCGGUUUUUGAGAAUGAGGUGUGUGUGGGCUGCACUUUGUGGGAUUGUGCUACUAACAGAGGUUAUUAUAACCAAUUCACAAGAGUCAGAUGAUUCGCCCAGCGGAGGCUGUUUUCAGUUUGACUCAUGUGAUAGCUGCAUCAGUGGAGACCCAGCUCUGAAUCUGACACGAUGUGUCUGGCAAAGCUGUAAUAAUGGAAACGACACAAAAUGCAUGGCUGACACUGAAGAUGUUGGGGACUGCUCUGUCUUCAACGAGACUGGCAUGUGUCAAACUGACUCUGAUGAUGGUACCAAAGAUAACACUGCUGCUGGGUCCACCCCAGAGUUUUCUCAAGCAUCGUUUGACCUGUCCAGCUUCAUCGGAGGAAUCAUCCUGGUGUUGGUGGUGCAGUCGGGGGCAUAUUUUGCCAUGCGAUUCCUCAAAACCAAAGACAGCACAUAUGAGACUAUUGACCAAACACAGUGAAGAAUAGGCAAAGAACAAAAACAAACAAGAUAUGGAUAGGAGAUAAUGAAUGCAGCAUGAGUCGAGGGGAUGCAGUCAUUGUUUACUCUGUUUGGUGGCCUUUAUAUAAAUGAUCGAUUAAUUACAUUCCCUCCUGUCCCUGAAUGAUAUAAAAAAUGUGUGCGUGUGUAAAUAAGAGAUGAGGUGAAAUUAUAUACUAGAAGAUUACUCAUUUAAUGGUGUGGAUUAAUGGUUGCCUCAUUCCUUGUGUUGAUAUCUGUUUUAGGUAUUUACCUUCAUAUUUUAAUCUUUGGUCUGUCUAUUGAUUUAUCUUAAUAUACUGUAAUGUAUGUUAUGUUUAUUAGAGUUACCUGCGACUGGUGUUUCAUUCAGGAAUUUCAUUCAGUUAUAUGUAUGCAUCAUUUCCCCUUUAGGUGUCAGUAAAAUGCAAUUUUUCCCUACCAAAGCCUUAUAAAGGGAUGGUUCACUCAAAAAUGAAAAUUUGGUCAUCAUUUACUGGCCCAUAUGUUACAAACCUGUAUAAAUUUCUCCUUUGUCUGUUGAACACAAAGGAAGAUAGUUGUAAUGAAGCAG